AUGGCGUGUGACACUGGUUAUCUGGAAGAAGGGGAGAUAACUAUUGCACGGCCUGCACGGGCUUCGCAAUGCUGCGUAAACUUAGCUACACCAACAUAUCAAGGUUUACCACAGGUCACGCUCCACGCCGUAAUAGGUCAAACUGUGGUACUUCCGUGCAAGCCUUCCGGUUACCCCCCGCCGAGAGUCACGUGGAAUCUACCAAUCACCGCCAGCCGCUAUCACACGUCAUCGGCUGGCCUCACCAUAAAAGGAGUUGUUGCCACUGAUGACCACAUCUACAGGUGUACCGUCACCAAUAUAUUUGGACAUAAAGUUAAAGUUAUUAAUUUGUCUGUAACAGAACCAUUAAGCGUUAACGUGACGACAUCUGCUACCAACCACACCGAAGGUGUUCCAGGAACGAUAACUCUCACAUGCCGAUAUCGUGGAAUUCCGGAUCCGUCCGUAAAAUGGCUUCACAUUGGUCCACUUGGCAAGACUCAAUCGGUAACGUCCGGCAUUAGCACGAGCGUCACAACUGGACCAAUCAGCAAAAGUUACGUCAGCACGUUGACGUUGAAAGACCCGAACAUAUUCGCCGCGGGGACGUACAUUUGUCAAGUUUCGAACGCAGCGGAACAAAAGCAUGACAAUGUGUCAAUCACAAUAUAUGCUAAACCACGCGUCGUGACACCGCCUAUGACGCAGACUGUCAUGGAGGGUUCGAACGUGACGCUGAGGUGCAAGGUUGUGGGCUACCCACCACCCGCCAUCACGUGGGAAUUUCCACAGUCCCAAGGUCACCCGCCAUUUAACGCGCGAUUGAACCCGGAUCAGACAGUGACGUUGAUGGCAGUGGACGAGUUUAAUGAAGGGGAGUACAAGUGUGUCGCCAAAAACAGAUACGGAACUGACGAGGGGUCAGGAACGAUAACUGUGAUUAAACCAGUCCGUAUCCAGGUAACCAGCCAGGUGAACUCCCUGAAAGGGGCCCCGGCCAUCGCCCUGGACUGUCACGCCAGCGGCGACCCUGCCCCCACCGUCUCGUGGAGUAAGCUGGACGGAACACUGAACCGCAGCAACCCCAGGUACAUCCUCCUGCCCAACGGCGACUUCAUCCUCACCAGCAUCACGCCGGCCACGAUGGAGGGAGACUCGGGGGUUUAUAAGUGCACGGCGACAAACGGCGUCACGACCACGUACAUGCUGUCUGUUGUUUAUAUGGACAUGGGUCGGCUCAACUGCAGCACAACCUUUCAAGAAUGUUCGACAAAAAAGGGUGUGGCGUGUGGGUAA